GAAAGAGGAAAACAACAUCAGCCUCACUCGCUUACUGUGAUAAAAAAUUGAAGGUUUGGAGAAACAUGCAAGUUCACACAUCUGUAGAGAAAGCCUUAGCCAACGUGAUGAUAUGUCUCUAGCUUCUAAGCUCUAGCUCGGCAGCUAACUUUAUUUUCCUCGUGUCCAAAGUUUAUUUCAGCUUGAAUUCCUCACAGAGCAUAGUUAACCUUAGGGUUUUACUUGCUGUAUAAUACUUGGCUGUUCAAUAGGGAAAAUAUGAUUCAGUGUCUUCAUGGAGUGUAUAAUAAAGAUGGUAUAGAAUAUUUGUUCCAUGAGAUACUCCACAUUAAUUGACAUGACGUCAAGUAUGUAGCUCGACUUUUCACACCCGAAUUCUAAAGGUUGGAUGACCGACCAUUUUCUACGCUAAAAGAGUUAUAACUACAGCUCUUCUGCUACCCCUAAUUCCACAAAUUAUUCGAUUAAUCAAUUACAUAUUUCAUUGAUCUUCUGCUUCUCUGAAAUCCACUACUUUCAAUCAUCUCAAACCAUUAUUCUCAAGAACGAUCACGUGAUGUCUCGUCACAAAGUUGGUGUUUUCCCCGCUUCAGGAGGCAUCGGAGGUAGCACAGUCAAGCAUCUGCUUCCCCGUCUCCCAGCCCACGAUCUAGUUUUUGUCGCGCGCAAUCCCGCAAAACUAGAAUCUGCUAAAUCUGCCGGCGCGGAUGUUCGUCAAGCAGACUAUGACGAUAAUGAUUCCCUAAAAGAUGCAUUCCAAGGAAUCGAUACUCUCUUCCUCAUUUCCUACGCAUCAAUAGAAUAUGAGCAUCGAGCAGAGCGUCACCGCACCGCCAUAGACUUCGCUCUCCGCAGCGGCGUCAAAUACAUCUUCUACGGCUCUCUAGGAUUCGCCGGCAAAGAAAGUAGCCAGGAAUCCGUUGCCCACGUCAUGCGCGCCCACUUGGACACCGAAAAAUACCUCGAAAAUUGUACGCGCACCCAUCCCGGUUUCGGAUACACGAUUGUGCGCGAGGGACUCUAUUCUGAAUCUUAUCCCCUCUAUACCUCAUUUUUCGACCUCAAGAAUCCCGUCGACGAGAUCUGCAUUCCGCAUGAUGGAUCCGCACCGGGAGUCGCAUGGGUCAAGCGAGAAGAGCUCGGUGAGGGCACUGCGGAGCUUCUCUCUCGUUUUGUGAAGGAUCCCGCGGGAUUCAAGUACCGUCUUCAAACGGUUCUUCUUUCCGGACCAAAAAUCCUCACUCUGCAGGAGACAGUGCAGAUUCUCGGAAAGCUUGCAAAGAAAGAUGUGCGCAUUCGUCAGGUUUCCAAUGAGGAAUUUGCGAAGCAGCCGCAGAAUCCACCAAAUUUCACAUAUCAUGGAGUUGAUCUUUCGAUGCUUUGGACGACGGCUUUUGAAGCGUUCCGUAGAGAUGAGGCGGCGGUUGUGUCACCUUUGUUGAGGGAGUUGUUGGGGCGCGAGCCGGAAGAUUUCGAGACUACGAUUGCGGCGUCGUUGUAAGUUGUAGGGAAGAAUGGGUUUAUUGGAGUUGAUACAAUUGGUUGGAUGGAAAUUUUCGAGUUUGGUGGUUCAUGGUGUGUAGCUAUCAUAUAAGAUAGAACAAUAGUAAAUAUUAAAAAUAGAUGGAUAAUAUUUUCAAGU